CUACUAGUAUUAUCGAAGCCAUUUUCUGUUAAGCCUAGAUGCAGGAACGGAGAAGUUUGCAACAAAGGAAUAUGCCAAAGAGUCGGGAAUUCUCAGUGUAGUCCCUCGUGUCCCCCCGGCUACGUGUGCCACUGUGACAGUCCUGGGGAUUGUCACUGCGAUGUUCUCAACGCUAGGCCACAUCCAACCUGUGAUAGACCGUGUCCGCCAAACUCCAGAUGUAUAGAUGGUCAUUGUACUGGAAUAGCCCUAACUGUUGGUGCCGUAAAUCCGAACGAUGUUCGCCCAGUUAAUCCUGUACAGUCGCUACCAAAUAUGCCUUUCUCGCAGACGGGUCCAUUAUCUCCUCUUGGUCCAAAUUCAGAGGCUUCGUCAAUGAUACCGGUUGUUCCAAAUAACAGACCAAUAUCGCCCAUCAAUAGAAAUUCACAGACUGGACCUUUUUCAUCUUUGAUUCCAAACAGUCGAACAAAUACAAAUAUUAACCCUAACUCCAGAUGGACCGUCAGAGAUUCUUCUGGUUCCAGGGUGCCGUGGGCGAGACCCCCACCGAUCAUAAUAAAGCCUGGUUCCUCCUCUGACCUCUCACCAAUCCCAGGUUCCUCUGGGCCUAUUGAUCUUAACCCUAGUCCGAACACAGAGCUGUUUCCAAUGACUGAUAAUAUACCAGCAGCGGUACCGCAAACUCCAUCACGUGGUUUGUUUGGAACUUCCGCUUUGAGUGGUACAUCAGAAUCUGGCACAGGGAUGAGUCUUCCACCACUUAGUGGUUUACUGCCCGGGGGUGGGGUCCCUCCUACACAGAAUAGACCCGCACAGCCGGUGGUUCCUCAACAACCCAUUCCACCAGGACCUGGGGGGCCCGGGCCGGAUAUAAUCCGUAUUCCUGACAUUGCAGAGGUUUGUCAGGGUAAUAACUGUGUCGGGGCGCCACUUGGACCUGGGUCAAACGUUGGACUUAAUCAAAGACCAGAGGUUCCACAAAAUACAGCAGGAAGAGGGGAUAACUGUGGACAGCUAACGUGCUUUGAGAAUGAGUUUUGCUUUGAUGCAUUAACUUCUACUUGCAUGGGUGUUAAUACAGGGGAUGCAAGAAUACCGUGAAAUCUCACAAAAAUAGAUCUACAAAGAAAAGUCUGUGUUUAUAGGAACAAAGUUGUUAUGGUGUUGUAUAACUUAAUAUUGAAAGAAAUUUUUAUUCCUGUUAUUUUUUUUAAAUAAACAAUAAAAAAAAAAACAACUUUCACGUGUGAUUUCAUCAGUGA